UCUAAUUGCUAAUUCAGAAACUAUAUUGACUAAAAUUCAUAACGUGUAUUUUGUGACAAUUAUUAAGGACCAUACCCAAGACCCCUUUUGAUUACUUCAUCAUGGGAACAUCUUUUUCGAGCUCAAAGAACUUAGAGGGCAAGACAGCCCUAAUAACAGGCGGCUCUCGUGGCCUUGGUCAGCAGCUCAUAAUUCGCAUGGCCAAACUGCGUCUCUCCAGGGUCAUCAUCCUGGGAGUAUCCAGGGACGCCACUCUCAGCUUCAUCCGAGAUCUGUCCACCUCCGAACACUCUCACACCACUGCCGUGUUCUACAAGUGCGACGUGUCUAAGCUACCCGAAUUGCAGAGUGUCAUGCAGAAGGUCUUCAGAGAUAAUCCUCCUAUUGACAUUCUUAUCAACAACGCCGGCUAUGUCAUCAACAAGGACGCUUUGGACACUCUAUUCGGAGAGUACGAGCAAGUGCUGAACGUGAACCUGCUCUCUCACAUCUGGCUCACCAAACUCAUCCUGCCCCGCAUGAUCGAGUCCACAAAGGGGGGACAGAUUCUAUUCGUGUCCAGUGUUCUGGGCCUGUUCACUAUUCCAGGUGCGUCUGCUUACGUCACAAGUAAGCAUGCGUUGAAUGGGUUUGCGAGGAGUCUGCAGCAGGAGUUGAAGCUGAAGAAUAUUGACAAUAUUUGCGUACAGCUGGUGUGUCCUGGACACUUUGACAGCCAGAUGUUCCAGGAUGCUCGUGUGAAGUACCCCCGACUGACUCCCCCGAUGAAGACGGAGGAGGUGGCGGGAGUGAUAGUGGACAACUGUCUCCUCAACAGACAGGGCUACACUGUCACUCCCUGGUUCACCAGCAAUUCAGUUCUACUCGCCAAGUUCAUUCUGCCUCACAGGUGA